AUGGCGAGCUCUGCCGAAGUGAUCGUGCUGUCCUCCUCGCCUAACCCUUUCUCACGAACUCCGACAAGGCCACUACGAAAUUCCGAGAAGCUCCUUGAUGGCUCGCCACGAGGAGCGUCCCCACCAUCUCUUCCGUCACCUCCAGAGCUGUUCAACCCUCCGUCACGCUCUCGAUCCUUCCCCACCCCAAAGACGACAGAUAUUGCGACCAAGAAGAAGCCACGGGCGACGAAAAAGCCUGCCGCUUCAGCUUCCCUCGACCAAAAUGACCCAGCCAAGUCGAAAUCAAUGGUAGCGAGCAUAGCAUCGAAGACAGACUCCACCAGAAAUGCCAAUCCUAAGAUCCAAGAUACCGCAGACAACGGGGCAAAGAAGGGCAAAGGGCCACAGAAGAGUCAUACCAAAACAAGCACCAAGAAAAAAGAGACAGGCAACAUGACGUUAACUGGGAAGGUUACCAAAGGAGGAAGCAGUGAUCAACCAAAGGAACCGAGCAAACGAAAGAAGAAGACGACUGCGCCGAGCGAGAGGCCCGAUGAGCCUAUCGAUACAAGUACUCUUCAAGGCUCCGAAGUCGACAUGAAAGAUAGGGAGCUACAUCUAGACGAAGCUUUGAGGAGGAGAAUGGAUUGGACACCACCGAGAGAUACUUCCCCCAAGAUAGGGCCGACGAUGGAAGGCGAAGGAGAUACGGAGAAGACUCCGGCACCAGCCAUCACUGGUGGAUUUGACAAGUUGCUGUCCAAUUAUAAUUACUCUGGAACAGCUUCAGCUGUCCACGAAAUGCCCCCAAAUGCGGGUGAUGGAGGUCCCACCAAGAGACGACGUAUCGAGCUGGUGGAUCCUUUGCUUCAGCCAUACCAAGUAUAUCAAGCUGAUUCAAAUGGAGAAAGCUCGACCCAGGGUACAGAUUCAUCAACAUCUGGUCCUAAGUCGAAAAAGAAACCAAAAGGCCCGAAACGAUUAACGACAUUGACCGCACGAAUGACGGCGCAAUAUACUUCGAAAAAUGCAAAUGACGAUGGCUCCGCUAGUAAUGAACUUCAGGCCACCAGAAAGACCGUUUCUAAACGACGAGGCAAAGGAAAAUCGACGGAGGACGAGAUUGUUUUUACUGUUCUUUCACCCGAAGCAGCUUUCAGGUCUUUGGAGAAUCAAGAUCUCGUCUUUGGCACUUGUAGUCAACUCGAACGAGAGGAUUCACCACAUACACUGGACGAAUUGCAGCAAGCUAUACGUGCAUCCGAGAAGCUUGCUUUUGACGGAAGCCAGCAGACUGCAACAGCCAAGGCCGUUUCGAAGGGCCAUGUGUCCUACCUGCCCGGUACAAGAAACCUUUGGCAGUCUGCUGCGCGGAGUACUGAAGGGUCCCUGGUCCAGGCUCAAAGGAUGGACGGCGUCAAGCUGGCAGGCUCAGCAGUAGCAUCCAAGGAACCAAAUUCCCAAACUAAGAGAUCAUUGAACUGGGAAGAUGAUGAUGGCUGGUUUGAGCUUGACUAUGGCAAGUCCAAACCUUCCCCAAAGCAGAAGACGCCAAUGAGGGUCAAUAGGCCAAAGUUUACAGCCGUGCCUGUGUCCUUGGAGCCCCAGGAACCGCCGGUAGAGGCUGAUGAAGCUAUUGCGAAGACGAAUCCUAACGAAGAGGCAGUCUCUCAACAGCCACAGAUGCCUCACUAUAGCGGAUUCACAGAGGCUGAGCUCACCAAACAGGUUGCGGCCUUUGGCUUCAAAUCAGUAAGGGGCCGCAAGAAGAUGAUAGAGCUAUUACAGAAGUGCUGGGAGUCGAAACAUGGCAAUGGUAGUAAGACUACCCUUGUGCAGUCACAGGCCCAGCCUUCGUCACAAACCGACAAUGUUAUGAGGCUGUCCAAUUCUACCCAGCCGCGUAGCCAAGAUCUUACCCCACAACUGGAGACACUGAAAACAGCUACUCGGCCCAAAGGUCAGACCAAGAAGAAGACAGCAUCAGCACCAAGCGCAUCUUCACGCUCAGGACAAACGGACACGCGAACAGAAACCUUGGUUUCUGUCAACCCCAAGAAAGUUUCGAAACAUACAGACAGAUUCUCUCAAGCCUUGACAUCGUCAUUCAUAGACGUCGAAGAGAUUCAAGACUCCGAGGACGAGACCGCUCCAUCGCCUAGUCAAGUCCAAAAGCGUUACCAGGAGAUUUCGUCCACCACUUCUGAUCUUGCUCCCGAACCAUCUCUGGAAAUUCGAACCAAGGAAUUGACUACAAGUCCCACAAAACGCAAAGCGGUUGCCUCCAAAUCUAAAGUCAAAGCCAAGUCCUCUUCAUCUGCACCCUCCAAGUCCGACAACCCGGCUUUUUCGAAGCGCAGCAGUUUACCCGAUCUCGCUUUCCAGAUCACUAAGGCCGUACGCUCCCAACAUCUGCUCUCGCCCCUCUCAUCUUCAACUGGAAGCCGAAGCCGCCCAACGUGGCACGAGAAGAUCCUCAUGUACGACCCAGUUAUUCUGGAAGAUUUCACAACAUGGCUGAACGUCGAAGGGCUUGGGCUUGUUGGGGAGGACAGGGAAGUCCAUGCUGCAGCGGCUAGGGAAUGGUGUGAAAACAAGGGGAUCUGCUGUUGCUGGAAGAAUAAUGCUAGUUGGUGA